AUGAGGGAACGCCGGGGUGCCACACCCAAGUCUUUAUAUCCGCAGUGCCCACCUUGCCACACUACACCACACCACAAGCUCAUACGUCACCGCGGCAACAAUGAAGGCAGAAGAGGUGUGGCAGGCAACCAGGUCUUCAGAAUCACACCAGAUGGCCACGAAGAUGUUGAGCUUCUCCAGAAACUCUUUCAGAAUAUGACGAUAAACUGCCUGCUGUCGACACAGAACAUCUGCUUUCAACACGACCCCAAUGUGAUUCGCAGGGUGCUCAUCGCCAACCUUCAAAAGGAAAUGGAAAAGCAGACGGGAUAUCGGUCCUCCAGAAGGCGCCGCUCGGUGCUGCAGUACGAUUACGAGGUCUAUCACUCCCUGGAAGAGAUCCAGAGCUGGAUGUUUGAGAUGAACAGGACCCACUCACAUCUGCUGGACAUGUUCUCAGUGGGUAGAUCCUAUGAGGGUCGGCCACUCUAUGUGCUUCAGCUGGGGAAGAGAGGGCGGCCCUACAGGAAGGCGGUGUGGAUUGACUGUGGGGUGCACGCUCGGGAGUGGAUUGGGCCAGCGUUCUGCCAGUGGUUUGUUAAAGAGGCGCUGAACUCGUAUCAGCAUGACUCAACCAUGAGACGUCUGAUGAAUCAGCUCGCCUUCUACAUCAUGCCUGUGCUCAACGUAGAUGGCUAUCACUACAGCUGGACCACCGAUCGAUUCUGGAGGAAAACGCGCUCCAAAAAUCACAAGUAUCACUGCCGUGGUGUGGAUGCCAACAGGAACUGGAAAGUAAAGUGGUGUGAGGAAGGAGCCUCCUCCCAUCCCUGUGAUGAAACGUACUGCGGGCCUAGCCCUGAGUCGGAACCGGAGGUGAAGGCCGUGGCCAAGUUCCUGCGCAAACGUCGAAAGCAGGUCAAGGCCUACAUCUCCAUCCACGCCUACGCCCAGAUGCUGCUCUACCCCUACUCCUACAAAUACGCCACGAUCCCCAACUUCAACUGUGUGGAAUCUGCAGCUCAUAAUGCAGUAACGGCGCUGUAUUCGGCUUACGGAGUACGAUACAGAUACGGUCCUGCCUCCACUACUUUGUAUGUAAGUUCUGGGAGCUCCAUGGACUGGGCCUACAAGAACGGGAUCCCAUACGCCUUCGCAUUCGAGCUGCGUGACACAGGCUACUUCGGCUUCCUCCUGCCCGAGGCACAGAUCAACCCCACCUGCACCGAGACUAUGAGGGCUGUGAAGGCCAUCGCCUCGGGCCUUUUGAAGAAGUGCACUGGAUGAGGACCAGGGGUAUGGUGGGGGUCAAAA